AUGCUUGAAGUUUUUGAGUUGCUCACAGUGAAAUGUAAAUAUUCUUGCAAUGGAUGUACUGAAGUAACAAAGGCUUCACUACUGACUGAACAUGAGGCUCACUGUAAGUUUUCUCACAUAAAACAUAAGAAAAGGGGGCCCUACAAUAAAGUAAAACUGUAUGACAUCUCUCGUCAGUACGCCAAGCGCAGACGACUGUUACCAAUGUUUUCGAUGCUUGAUGAAUUUUGUGACUUAAAUAAUGAAAACACUGAGGAUGUUCUGUUUUCAAUGCUUGCAACUACACUGUAUGAUAAUGGCAAGAAGGAGCUUGCAAACAAAAUAGAAUAUUUAUGGGUGCAACAGACAGAUUAUAUUCUUACUGCUGAUGAAUGCCUUGCCAGCAGAGUUGACUUGCUUCAAACAAAAAAUCAAUAUAGGGAACAGUUUGACUACUUGAAUUCCAAAGGUCAAUAUGUAUUUAAGCCCCCAAACCAAGUGGACAGUGUUGAGAAAACUUACCUGCCAUCAUAUGUCAAUUAUGAACUUCUGGAUGGUGACAAAGUUAUUUACUCACACAAAGAGUGUGUGCAAGAACCAAUAAACCUCAUGUCUGACUUCCGAGAUAGUUUGCCAAAUUUUCCAACCCCUAAUGUUGUUGGUGUUCGCUGGAGUUAUAAAGAUGCUGUUGCGAAAGCUCUUUCUGAACUUAAUGAGGAACUCUCAGAGGUGCCAAAUGACAUUAUCCUACAUGCACUUAUUAAGGAUGGUGGCGAUGGGCUUGGAGAUGUCUCGCAGUACAAGGAAAAGGGGGAUCGUUGUCUCUCUGACAAGGCAUUCAGGUAUGCAUUUUGUAUAAUGAAUGUAAAAAUGGAAGAUGGAGGAGAAAUGAAAACAAUAUGGGAGGAGGAGGCCCCAGGGUCUGUUCGGACUAACAGGUGUCUAAUAGAGUCAAUCUGUGACGAAAAUCAAACAGCUGCAAUGGUUGUAUGUGUUGCCCCUGUUGAAGCAGAGCGCCAGGAGAUGUCAAAAAGCAUAAUGAGAAUACAAAUAGGAAGCAUAUGGAGGAACUUUUCUUUGCGAUUUGUUAAUUCCAUGGUGGAUGAGAAGCGAACACGAGCUGAUGGAGGGUUACAGGGUGCUGGGUCAUCAUACCUAUGUGACUUGUGCUAUGCAACACAGAAAACUGCAAAGUCUGAUAUUGGAACCUUUGUUAUCUCUAGAAAACUUGAGGAGACCAAGCAAAUAGCAGACUUGCUACAUUUUAAUCCUGAUAAACUGAAUCCUUCACAGUUAUCUGCAGUUGCUAAGGGAGUAAAAACCCACCCCAUUCUUAACAUUGAACAUUCUGAGCACAAGGUGGAUGCAACACAUGCUAAGAUCAAUUUAGGGAAAUUUGUAUACAAAUUACUUAUCAGGGAGGUAGCUGGGGUUAACCAGUGGGAGGAGUCUGCAGAUGUAAAGCACUUGAUUCAAAAAUGCCUCUCAUAA